CUCUCGUGCGCGCCCGCAGCCGGGGACCUGGCCCACAACUCAGGCAUGUGCCCUGACUGGAAAUCAAACCGGCGACCCUUUGGGUCACAGGCCAGCACUCAAUCCACUGAGCCACAUGAUCCAGGGCUAUUUGUUCUUGUGAUAUCCUGGACUUAAGGUUCUUCCUUAGCAGGAGGAGAAAUCAUGAGUCUCCCAUGCUAACACAACUCGGGCACACCAUUUUGGAGAAGAAAGCUCCGCUUCAGCUGGCCCCAUCCCUUGUGAGACAGAUGCAGGAGCCCUGGGAAGCCGCCUCUGCCAGCCUCCUGUGGGCUUCUCCCCCAGACACCUGCAGAGGCCUCCUGAAACCUGAAUGAGCUGUCUCACCUCUCCACUUCCUCCUCUGCUCCGUGCAGCACUCUCCUGCCACCAGUAUGACACCGUUCCUAUUCAGUCCAGCGUGGUGUUAUGUUCCUGCCCAUCUCCAUCAAUGGUGAGGACCCAGACUGAGUCCGGCACGGCCCCUGUUGUUCCCAGCGGUGGUAACAGGCAGGGCCCCACCACCAUGGACAGCACGGCAGCCGAGUCCCGACCAAGUGCCAACUCACUGCAACAUGCCGCACAGCCACCGCCACAGCCUCGGAAGAAACGGCCUGAAGACUUCAAAUUUGGGAAAAUUCUUGGUGAAGGCUCUUUUUCAACAGUUGUCCUGGCCCGAGAACUGGCAACCUCAAGGGAAUAUGCUAUUAAAAUUCUAGAGAAACGUCACAUUAUCAAAGAGAACAAGGUCCCGUAUGUAACCAGAGAGAGAGACGUGAUGUCGCGCCUGGAUCACCCCUUCUUUGUUAAACUUUACUUCACGUUUCAGGAUGAUGAAAAGCUGUAUUUUGGCCUUAGUUAUGCCAAAAAUGGAGAACUACUUAAAUACAUUCGCAAAAUUGGUUCAUUCGAUGAGACGUGCACCCGAUUUUACACAGCCGAGAUGGUGUCUGCUCUAGAGUACUUGCACGGCAGGGGCAUCAUUCACAGGGACCUGAAACCAGAAAACAUUUUAUUAAAUGAAGAUAUGCACAUCCAGAUCACAGAUUUUGGAACAGCAAAAGUAUUAUCCCCAGAGAGUAAACAAGCCAGGGCCAACUCGUUUGUAGGAACAGCCCAGUAUGUUUCUCCAGAGCUGCUCACAGAGAAAUCGGCUUGUAAAAGUUCAGACCUUUGGGCUCUUGGAUGUAUAAUAUACCAGCUUGUAGCGGGACUGCCACCAUUCCGAGCUGGAAAUGAAUAUCUUAUAUUUCAGAAGAUCAUUAAGUUGGAGUAUGACUUUCCUGAAAAAUUCUUUCCUAAGGCAAGAGACCUUGUGGAAAAACUUCUGGUUUUAGAUGCCACAAAGCGAUUAGGUUGUGAAGAAAUGGAAGGGUACGGCCCUCUGAAAGCUCAUCCAUUCUUUGAGUCCAUCACGUGGGAGAAUCUGCAUCAUCAGACACCUCCGAAACUCACAGCUUACUUACCAGCCAUGUCAGAAGAUGACGAAGAUUGCUAUGGAAAUUAUGACAAUCUCCUGAGCCAGUUUGGCUGCAUGCAGGUGUCAUCGUCAUCCUCCUCCCACUCCCUGUCUGCCUCAGACACGGGUCUGCCGCAGAGAGCAGGCAGCAACAUCGAGCAGUAUAUCCAUGACCUGGACACUAAUUCUUUUGAACUGGACUUACAGUUUUCAGAAGACGAGAAGAAGCUAUUAUUGGAGAAGCAGGCCAGUGGAAACCCUUGGCAUCAGUUUGUAGAAAAUAAUUUAAUACUAAAAAUGGGUCCAGUAGAUAAGCGAAAGGGUUUAUUUGCACGACGACGACAGUUACUGCUCACAGAAGGGCCACACUUAUAUUAUGUGGAUCCUGUCAACAAAGUUCUGAAAGGUGAAAUUCCAUGGUCACAAGAACUCCGACCAGAGGCCAAGAAUUUUAAAACCUUCUUUGUCCACACACCAAACAGGACGUAUUACCUGAUGGACCCGAGCGGGAAUGCUCACAAAUGGUGCAAAAAGAUCCAGGAGGUAUGGAGGCACAGAUACCAGAGCCACCCGGAUGCUGCCGUGCAGUGACAGCCUGCCGUUGCUGCCCUCGCUGCCAGGACACGCGCCCCAGCGCAGCUCACCGCCAUCCGGGACGCUUCCAGACCGCCUGCCAGCCAUCCCAAGGGGAAUGCAGACAGCAGAACCUUGCGGCUUUUUUAUUUAAAAGAAAAGAAGAAAAAAAUACCCAACUACACCAAGAACAGAACCAAUAAUGAACAGGAAUUCAGGGUCGCUUUGCUUGCUCUCUGUGCUCUAUGGAGGAUGCCCCAAGCUGUCCUUGCCAUCGGCACAUCUACCUGAUUCCUACCUGGGCCAGUGGACCAAUGUCACCAGCUCUCCACAGCGUGUCCCAGUCACCUGCCGGUUCUGCUGUGCCCUAGGGAGGAGUGCGUGUGUCUGGGCUCUUUCCGCCCCCUAGACUGUCACAGGACUUCACCAGGGAGUUGAGAGCACCUCUGCUGGGGGUGGUCUCUGAUAUCCAUGGGGUGGGAGGGUUCUUGGCUUUUGUCCAUGUGCACUUUUCCUCACAUCCCUCAUUCAGGGCCCAUGCCCUGUGCUGCGGGCCCCUUGCUUUCCUCCUGGAGUAGCUAUUGCUGCAGGACUUCUGUGGUUUUGCUGUCUGUGAGUGCUCCACAUGUUGUGACUGCCAGGCAGGCUCCCAGUGGUGAGAAGUAGAACCCGCUGUCAGGUGAAAGACCAGCCACUGCCAGCCAGGUUCCUUCCGAUCCAUCCUCUCUCUGAGCAGUGUCGCCCUCGGGAGCAGGAAGCCGAGCACGUGCUCUAAGGGAGCACAGUUGGCAGUGGGCCUGACUAGCCCCGGCUGCACCGGGAGGUGGCUCUGCCUGCCCUGUGUGAAGCCAGAGCAGCAGGGCCUGGUAGCCUCCAUGUGGAGGAGUGAGACCAGAUGAGCCACUCCUGAGAGUUUGUUUCAGAGGUGAAGUGUGCAGGCCUUCCCCAGAUCAGUUAAAUAGGAGCUGAGAGACUCCUGUUUCUCGCAAAUUGGAUGGUACUCAGUCACAUCCCAGCAGUGGGAGGAGUGCGGGCUGCUGGCUGGCACUUGCAUCCUUUUCGUGUUGUGAUUGAACAUUCUCACAGUCUAACAUUUUUACAUCCCAACAGUAAGAAUCUAAACACCUUCUCAUGGUGCCAGAUCAUCUGGUCCCCACCGAGUGGUUCCCUCACCUUGCACAAGGGGCAGGAACACCACACUUGAACCCAAGCACCUGGCCUGCUCUUCUUUUGUUUCAGGUUCCCUCUUUUAGCUGCUUAGAGGCGGCGCCCACCCUACUGUAAACUACACAUGGGCCACGUCCUACUAGUCCUUUGAUAUUCUUUGCUGCUGCUCCCGGGACUGUGGGUCUUGGCCAUUCUUCUCCCUGCCCAGGUGUCCUUAGAGCAGGCCCUGUACCCAGGGGGUGAACACCUUUUUUCUUUAGAUUUUCACCAAGGCACCAGCAAAAGGCUCACACAGGAAAGACCCCCUCUCCACUUCCCUGCCCCCGUCUCCUAUGUCAGGCCCACUGGUCCAUCACCCCGUGUGGCCAGUGGUCCAAAGGCAGAGGAAAGAUGCCUUUUUGACACUGUUUGAGUGAUAAGAGUGGCUGUUCUUAAACGGGGAAAUAGUUUGGAUGUGGAGAAGUGCACUGUUCUAGGCAGGGAGACGGGUUUAGGUGGGAGCAGAGGUGGUAGCUAGGUUUGCCGGUGGUGUCUCCUCGGGCCAGUCCUCCCCUGUGUGCGAUCUGAGAUGGACAGCUCGUGCGCGCACGCAUGUGUGCUUGUGGCGGGGGAGGAGGGGCUCUAAAGUGUUGGAGCAUGCCUGCUUGGAUCUAGUUCCCUCUUUGUUCCUCCUCUUCCUCCUUGCUUUUGAAAGGCUUGUCUGUGUUCACCUGCUUUUCAGAAAGUGAGUCUGACUUGUCCCUUUCAAGAAUUUUGCUUCAGGCUUACUCCCAUAUUUACAUUUUACUCUUCUCAAAACACCCACCUGUGUGUGUGCAGUUAGAAGAGCUGGGAACGCACUCCAGUGCAGUGACUCCUGAGUGUCCAGUUACAAGGAAACAAGCAUCAGUAGUAUUUGUGUGUAAUAAGAGCACUCAGCUGGGCUGCUCGGGAGACAAGUCCGCCCCUUGCAUUCUGCCCUCUGGAUAGCGCCACUACCUCCUGGGCUUAACCGACAAGCUCCAUCUUAACCUCUGAAACCAGAGAAUAAGGCUUCAGGGUUGAGCUCAAAGCUGUUAAGUGACUGCCCUCCCCUGAGCCAGUGACAGCUGAGCCCUUCUCUGUAAGUCAACUUUCUC